GACAAGUCGAGGAAGCAGCUCUCAGGCUCGCAGCAGCUCUCCAACCUAAUCCAACGUCCGUCUAUCCCUUUACAGCUUUGUUUUCCUUCUCCUUAUCCUUCUUUUCGCUGCCCCCUCGUUACCCUUUCUUCUAUUUUGUUCUUGGGCUAUAUACCUUUGAGCUCCUCUCCCUACUUGUUCCAUUCGUUAUAGGUGUCCUUGCACCCCCUUUACCAUCAUGUCUACGGAGUCAGCGUCUCCCAUUGGCAUUGCCAACCUCCCGAACCAGCGACACAAGAUUGUCGCUAAGAGGGGUGCGGCCUUUACUAUUAUGGUUGCUGGAGAGUCGGGAUUGGGAAAGACCACUUUCAUCAACACGCUGUUCUCUACCACGAUUAAGAACUAUGCGGACCACAAGCGCCGUCACCAGAAACAGAUCGAUCGUACGGUUGAAAUCGAAAUUACUAAGGCUGAGUUGGAGGAGAAGUUCUUCAAAGUCCGCCUGACUGUUAUUGAUACCCCUGGCUUCGGAGACUAUGUCAACAACCGUGAUUCCUGGCAACCCAUAAUCGAGUUCCUCGAUGACCAACACGAGUCGUACAUGCUGCAAGAGCAGCAGCCCCGUCGUCAGGACAAGAUCGACAUGCGUGUCCACUGCUGCUUGUACUUCAUUAGGCCCACUGGGCACACCUUGAAGCCGCUCGAUAUCGAGGUGAUGAAGCGCCUGUGUACCCGUGUCAACCUUAUACCCGUCAUUGCGAAGGCCGAUACCCUUAGCCCCUCUGAUCUAGCACGGUUCAAGCAGAGAAUUCGUGCGGUUAUCGAAGCGCAGGGAAUCAAAAUUUACACGCCACCGAUCGAAGAAGAUGAUGAACAUGCUGCUGCACACGCCCGUAGUUUGAUGGCUGCCAUGCCCUUUUCGGUUAUUGGAUCCGAGAAGGAUGUCAAGACCGCAGAUUCUCGUGUUGUCAAGGGUCGCCAAUACUCCUGGGGUGUAGCUGAAGUUGAGAAUGAGGACCACUGUGACUUCAAGAAACUUCGUUCGAUCUUGAUCCGUACCCACAUGCUUGAUCUCAUUCAUACAACCGAGGAGCAGCACUACGAGGCCUACCGUGCACAGCAGAUGGAGACAAGAAAAUUCGGCGAAGCGCGGCCCAGGAAGCUCGACAACCCCAAGUUCAAGGAGGAAGAGGAAGCUUUGCGCAAGAGGUUCACGGAGCAGGUCAAGGUCGAGGAGCAACGAUUCCGGCAGUGGGAGCAGAAGCUCAUCUCCGAGCGAGACCGCCUCAACAAAGACCUGGAAUCCACCCAUGCUGCAAUCAAACAACUCGAGCAAGAAAUCGAGCAUUUGCAGACUUCCUCCGCCCGGAGCCACGGUCGCCGUUAAGAGGUGUUUCGAAUCCGACCACUGCCGGGAUGGUGGACUCGGGUGCAGCGGUGAAAAGGAGAAUAAAUUUGCUUGUCUGUCUCGACUCUAUUUUGUUUCUGACUACCCUAUUUGUCGGCCUUUUGUGUUCUCGGGGAAGACACUAUUGCGUGCGCACUGGGAGGGCAUGUCCGACGGUGCUUUCUAUUUUAUCCCCUUAAUUACUAGCGAUCGUCCCUUUACAUCCUUGUAAUAACCCGUUCAGUGUAGCGAGUUAACGCAGACUUAAUUCCC